AUGCCGAAGCGUGCGCGCCAGCCCGGACUUCAUGAAAGCGAACUACCUUCUUGUACCUUCAAGGAGUGGCAGACGGAGAUUUCCGAGAAGUGGUUUGCUUCCGACACAGCCUUCCAAAAGUUCGUGCUACAUCGGCCAGUACUCGACCCACAUGGAGACUGCGUCUCUCUCACCGUCCGUGCAAUCGCUAUCUUCAUGAGAUUUGGAAUUGCCUUCCAGAUCAAGAAGUGCACCCGAUGUGGAAAGGAAGCUUCCUUCGAAGAACGGACUUCGCGCGGGUGGACCACGUAUGGCUACACUUGCAAGCGUGUGGGCCACAAGCACAUGGAGCUCAAUCUCAACAAGUUCGGGUUCCUGACCAAAGUCCCUGUCAACUCAUGGAUGCCUUUCCUACAUUUCAUGAACCUUCUUCGGCUUGGUCGCAGCUACAAAGCGAUCAUUCAAGAGCUGCAGGCUGGGUACGGUAACAUCUGCGUGGCUACCUUGAGGCGAUGGAGGGCCAUUUAUCAAGAGGCUCUUGGAGGAGCUCUACAUGAGAUGGGGGCUUUGAAAGUUGGAGGGCGAAAUGAGGUCGUGGUGUUAGACGAGUGCAUCGUCGGGAUACAUCCAGAAGACGGCUGGGCAUUGGGGUCAAAAGGAAUCAACAAAGCAGGCGCGGAGCAAAACCGCAAAUCAGAACGAAAGGAUGUCAACAAGCUCGUCCACCAUGGUGCUAUGAAAAGACUUCCAGCUCGAACUCUCCUACCUGGUGAGAAAGCAGUGUCCUCCUCGUCUAUCCUCAUCAAGAAGAAGCCCGCUUCAGUCUCCAGGGUGCAGAAGAAACCUUCGUCUGUUCUCAAGAAACCUGCCAAGGCGCAUCCCGCCAAGAUUGCCAAGAAACCCUCUGCUAACUUGAAGAAGAACGGCAAGUGGCUUUGGGUUGCUGUCGUGGUCGGCAAGGGGAAGGCAGUCUUCACGCAUGGCAAGCUCCAUAUUGAUGCUCAUGAGAUGGAUGAGUACGUAUUCUACAUUAAUGUGGGGGACAAUAUGCUUGAUGUUUUUCGCGGUCUCGCCAUGUCGAAUGGUAAAUGGGACAUGGCUUGCAAGAGGAUACCCCGAAUCAAGCGCGCCUGGCUGAUCUUUGAAGACCAUCUUGCUGGCCAUCGGCGGGCCGGUGCAUCAGCCGCCUGGGCCUUGGCCACGGCGGGGUUGCUGAGCGGCGCAGACGUGUCAGCCCAUCCACUGGUGGAAGCUCUGGUGCAGGACGUGGCCACGAGCACCCAUGGCCUCUCCGCCCAGCAGUGCGUCCGUUGGCUUUGGGCCUUUGCCAUCCUCUCCACUCCCGCUCCUCCCAUCGCGCGGUUGGCACGGCGCGCGGCCAACGCCGGCGACGACAGCAUCGUCCCGGUAACCUGGGCCUUCGCGACGCUGCGCUUCGCCCACCGCCCCCUCUUUGCAGAGCUCCAGCACCUUGCACAGAACCGCAGGUUCGACCCGCCCGUGGAGUCAAUCUACCUGAUGAGUCCCGAAG